AUGAUCAAAUUCUAAAAAUUAGAUACUUAAUAGAAUAGCAUCUAAAAUGUAAAGGUUUCAUCUCCUAAAAAUAAAUUGUUAUUCUUAAUGCUUCCAACACCUGUUGACAUUGAAAUAAAGGCUUAGAAUAUUUUUUCAGGUUCAUCAGAAUUAUUAAAUGUUUUACCAAAUUAUGAAAAGGGACCUAAACUAGAUAUGAAAGGAUAAAUAAUUAAGCAUACAAUAGUUGGAUCAGUGCAAUAAUUUUAAUAAGAAAAACAAAGAAGACUUAAUAUUAAUAAAAAACCAUAUGUAAAAAUGAAAACAUAAUUUCUAUCUGAAGGAGAUUCACAACCUGCUAAUAAUAACAGUUACACAAAAUGUAUAAAUCAUUUUUAAUUCUUAAAUUAGUGACAGAAUUAGCUUCUAGUAAAGAAUUGACCAAAAAAUCUGCUUCGAAAAUAAAGUCUAAGGAAUUUUAAUUUAUAUAAUUAAAUGAAGAGUAAGUAUAAUAAGAAAUUGUAGAAGUUGAAAGAAGAGUUAAAACAAACUAAAUUGAAGUAAACUUCUUCUCUAAAAAUUAAGACAGCAAAGUUAAAUUAAGAAAUUAAAGGAAAGCUAAAUAAAGGGGAUUAAUUAUAGAUGAAUACUGUUGAAAGAGCUUUAAAUAAUUAUUAAAGUACUUAAGAAGAUUGGGAGUCAACUAAAUUAAGAGUCAGUUCUCGAAUACAAAGAAAAUAAGGAUAAUCAAUGAAUGAAAAAAUAGAUUAAUUUAGAGUGAAACAAGAAAUUAAAUAAUUGUUAGAUCAUAUAACUCCUAUUGAAUAAAAAUUAGGAAAUGAUUACUGGGUAUGUUUAUAUAAUUUAUAUAGAAAUAAGGAUUAAGAACUACAUAAAAUGAAUUAAAUUAGAAAUAUCCUUAUAAAUAUGUUGAUAAAUAAGAAGAUGAUCCAAAUUAUUAAAUAGAUUCUAAACCUCCAAUUAUUGAAAUUGUAAGAAGACCUAAUUAAAGUGCAAAAGGUUAUCGUCCAUUCUCAUCAUUUACAUCACGAUUUUAUCUAAAUAAAAAAUUAAAAGAAAAUGAACAAGUAGUUUAAAAAUUAGUACCUUUAAAUAUAGAAGAAUUUGAAGAUUUAUAAUUGGAAGGAUAAAAUAUUUUAGUAUAAGAGAUUAAUUCAGUUAGAAAUCCUAAAGAUAGUUUUGUUAAAAUUACUAAUACAAUUAAUAAUGGUGGCAUGAAAUCUUAUGUAAAAUAGAUUCCUAUUAAGUAAGAGCUCUCAUUACCUGAUGAAAUAAUUGAAUCAAAUUAUAAUAAAAAAUUUGUAAUAAAUAGUGGUAAAUUUGGAAUUUUAAAAGGGUUUUAUUGA